CUCCUGAAUUACACCCUGUUCUCUCCCACAUACAACCAAACCCAUGUCUUCAUUUCCCGAUUACUAUUCCAUCCUCAACAUCCCGAAGUCUGCAUCUGCAGACGAUGUCAGGCAGGCUUAUAGGAAGGAGUCGCUCAAGACACACCCAGAUAGACUCGCCAACGCCUCAGAGGCAGAGAAGAAGAAGGCUACGGAGAAGUUUCAGGCAGUAGCUGAUGCCUACUACGUCCUCUCUGACACCCAAAGACGACGCGAAUACGACAACUUGUACGGUAGUCGCUCAGAGAAGAGUGCAGACCCAGGCGCUUCGUCCGACUUCUUCUCCACAUUCGCAAGCAUGUUUGGAAGUGCUGCUGGUGGAACGACAGGUGCUGCGGAGGGAGAGACUGGUCAGAGACCAGAUGCCAACAACGUGUUUGGCGACGUGUUCGAGGAUCUUCUUCGCCCCGAGGUUGAGCGUACAGCCCCUUUAUGGGCAUGGCUAGGAGCUGCUUGCGGUGCUGGCUUGGGGUUCAUCAUAGCCAAUGUUCCUGGGACUUUGGUUGGAGCAUAUGCUGGAAAUAGACUGGGAGCUGUGCGUGACGCGAAGGGCAAGAGUGUCGCGGCGGUCUUCAGCCAGCUCGGCGGGUCCCAGAAGGCUGAGAUUCUGAGAGCGUUGGCAUUCAAGGUGCUCGGCUCCGCUAUGGGUUGAUCGCGAGCUCGUUGCUCCUCAUGUUUCCUCUGCAUUCACGAUUUUAGACUACUUUGCACAUGCAAUUCUGUGGGUCUCAUGGUUUAUCUGGACGUAAUUUUGUAAUUUAUGUGUAUAGUAGCAUACCGGUUGGUUCUU